ACAUGUGGUGGCCGAUGAAGGAGAAGCAAUCUGAUAUUGUGUUGAUAGAUGAUCAUGAUGAAGUAUAUAGAAGAUAGCUCAGUAGCACAAAUGGACAUUCAUUGUAUUCCGACAACACCGACUGCAUUGAAGGACAAACCUCCAUCAUGACCUCCAAACCCCGUGUUGUCAUCAUCGGCGCUGGCAUCGUCGGCACCAAUGUCGCUGACGAGCUUGUCUCGCGCGGCUGGUCCGACAUCACCAUUGUCGAGCAAGGCCCUCUAGACAUGCCCGGCGGCUCUACAUCCCAUGCCCCGGGUCUGGUAUUCCAGACAAACCCCUCAAAGACAAUGACCCUAUUUGCCCGCUACACCGUGGAGAAGCUCCUAUCUCUGAAAAGUGGCGGGCAAAGUUGCUUCAACCAAGUUGGAGGUCUCGAAGUCGCCACAACGCCAGAAAGACUCGAGGAACUCAAGCGGAAGCAAGGCUAUGCCCAUUCAUAUGGAAUCGACGCGAGAAUAAUCAGUGCGGAGGAGUGCUUGAGUCUUUACCCUGCUUUAACCACCAAUGGGUUAAUUAUCGGUGGUCUACACAUCCCCAGUGAUGGCCUUGCGCUAGCCGCUCGCGCAGUCCAGGUACUCAUCAAGCGUACGAAAGAUGCCGGUGUCCGCUACCUUGAAUUGACUCCUGUCACCGGAAUUGAAAAGGUGAAUAACCGCGUCACUGGAGUCGUGACACCAAGCGGUACUAUUCCCGCCGAUAUCGUCAUCUCCUGUGCCGGCUUCUGGGGAGUCGAGGUCGGUGCCAUGGUUGGCGUGCCCAUCCCCUUAUUGCCAAUGGCACACCAAUACGUCAAGACCACGCCCAUAACUCCCGAAACCCCUCCCAGUGAGCAAACAAAUGGUGAACCCUUGACAAAUGGGAACUUGACGAAUGGUCACACAACGAACGGAGAUGCUCCGGUCGAUCCGAACGCAGCGACGUUGCCAAUCUUAAGAUAUCAGGAUCAAGACCUGUAUUACCGUGAGCACGGCACACAAUAUGGUAUCGGCUACUACGGCCACCGUCCUAUGCCGGUCGUCGCAGCCUCGCUAGGCGCAACCCCUAGCAAAGUAGACGAAAAGAACAUGCCAUCCCGUCUCGAAUUCAGCACAGAGGACUUCGCACCAGCUUGGAAGCUAUCCCAAGAGAUCUUGCCCGCUUUGCAAAAAUGCGAGAUCGCCGACGGCUUCGACGGUAUCUUCUCAUUCACACCCGACGGCGGACCACUCGUCGGCCAGGCGCCUAACGUCGACGGAUUCUAUGUCGCAGAGGCCGUAUGGGUGACACAUUCAGCAGGUGUAGCCCGUGCCCUAGCCGAGGUGCUCACAGAGGGCAAGUCCAAGAUUGACUUGGGAGAGUGCGAGCUGGCACGCUUCGAAGAUGUCCAGCUCACCCCUGAUUUCGUUAGCGAGACAUCACAGCAAAACUUUGUAGAGAUUUACGACAUCCUUCACCCCUUGCAACCGCGCGACUCCCCUCGCUGCAUGCGGGUUAGCCCCUUUUACAUGCGUCAGCGCGAGCUCGGCGCUUACUUCCUUGAAGGCGGCGGUUGGGAGCGCCCGUUCUGGUACGAGGAGAACGCGAAGCUCCUUAAUGACUUGCCUCCUGAGUGGCAACCUGUCGAGCGAGAUGCCUGGUCUGCGAAGUAUUAUUCACCCAUCGCAGCUGCUGAGGCUUGGAAGACACGCACAGCCGUGGCCAUGUACGAUAUGACGCCGCUUCGGCGCCUUGAGAUCACCGGUCCGGGCGCUGUCGAUCUGCUCAUGCGGUUGACCACAGGUACCGUCGCUAGGAAGCCGGGUGCUGUUACUUACACGUUGCUCCUGGACGACCAAGGUGGUGUCCGCAGUGACAUAACAGUCGCCAGAAUCGCCGAGGAAAUAUACCAGGUUGGUGUGAACGGACCUGUCGAUACUGCAUACUUCACUCGAGAGGCUCGCCUCCAAACUAAGCGAACCCCUGAAAGAGGUGUGCAUGUCCGCGACAUAACAGGUGGCACAUGCUGUAUCGGUCUCUGGGGCCCUCUCGCAAGGGAAGUCAUCACCGCAGUGACCGCUGACGACUUUUCCAACAAGGGACUCACGUACUUCCGCUGCAAGUAUGCCAGUAUAGCCGGCAUCCCAGUCCGAGCUCUGAGAUUGUCAUACGUCGGAGAGCUAGGUUGGGAACUCUACACGAGCGCCGACAAUGGCCAACGCCUAUGGGAUGCGAUCUGGAAAGCCGGACAGCCCCACGGCAUCAUUGCCGCCGGACGCACCGCGUUCAACUCCCUGCGACUGGAAAAGGGGUUCCGGCUUUGGGGUACCGACAUGACCACCGAGCACGACCCAUAUGAGUCUGGUCUUGACUUCGCGCUCAAGCUAGAUAAGUCCUUCGUGGGAAAGACUGCGCUCUUUGGACGUUCCAAGAAGACAGUUACUCGGAAACUGCGCUGUCUCACCGUCGAUGAUGGAAAGUCCGUUGUGCUAGGCAAGGAGCCGGUGUUUGUUGAUGGCCAGGCCAAGGGGUACGUCACCAGUGCAGCAUUCGGGUUCACAAUUGGAAAACCCAUUGCUUAUGCCUGGCUUCCUGCCACCGUCAACGAGGGAGAUGCUGUUGAGAUUGAGUACUUCGGUCAGCGAGUCAAGGCUACUGUUACUCCAGAGCCGCUCUAUGAUCCCAAGAUGACUCGCCUCCGUGGGUAGUUCAUACGCGAUCCUCUUUCAUGAAGACAAGGCUUUAAUGGUUUGAUAUUGAAAUGGAUUGGAUUUUGGGUACGGCAUUUUGGGAGUUACUUCUCAACGCAUACUGGUCUCUAUAGCAUUGCAUGUUGAUUAUGAUGUUUCAUAACGGAUGGAGGAGUCUUGCUUUCAGGUUUUUAAUUGCGCUGGUAUAAACUAUGAUAAUGACAGUAUAUUAUUAUACUUCAAACGAUUAUUUUUUGAGCUUCAUGUGCAAUCACCUAAUGACAUGUACUAUUACCCGCCAAAUGAUCAAGCCUUUAGCAUGG